AUGGGGAAUCCUAUUUUAAUAGGAAUAAAUGGGCUACACUACGUUGCACAUAUUCUUUAUAGACCUCAUCCUGAUAUCAUGGGUAUCUUUCAAAGUCGACCCCGUGCAAAGAUUUUUUUAGGCGUUAGAAAUACAAGUUCUGUAUUCUCGCUAGACUCCCUCUCAUUGUCACCCUCCCUGGAGGUACAUUUAAUUCAAGCUAUCAUUGGGUAUCACUUACUAGCCAAUUAUUCUCCAGGAGCCCGGACACUGUUGUUUGUAUGCGGCAUUUCCAAAUCUUCAAUCCCCAAGAAACGCACUUUGUUCUGCACAUAUGCGAUCGAAAACCUAAAUGCCCAGGAAGAGGAUCUUCUGGGUGGUCCCUUAUGGACUCCUCAAAGGCUCAAACGCAAUGCCAGCAUCACAAAUCUGUCUAUAAGUGACAAAAGGCAAACUCCAGAGAUUUUUCUGGAGCAGGACAGUGAGAGGGGAAAACGCAAGGCAUUAGAAGAUAUGCCCAGCGGAUCUUCUCCUCCAAUGGCUAAGAGGCGCUUUUGGUCCCGCUUGUCUGUGAUUGCUGUCCCAAUCGGACUGACACUUGGAACAGAGGUUUCAGCCGUCCAACCACCGCUCUCGCAAUGGCCAUUUCCCAAUGAAGUUGUGUUGAAGAUUUUGGAAGACAUGCCAAGCCGGGAUCUGUGUUCAACUUUGUUUCGUGUGCCCACGUAUGUACGAUGCAAUCUCCUCAAUGUGGAUGAUCGCCACCUCCAGGCGCUCUCGAGCUUUGUGGAGUUACUGGGGAGCAAACCAUCAUUGUUUGUCUCCAUUGUGAAAGAUGGCGAGAUGUUAGGAGAUUUUGGGCCUCUUUUUCAGUCCAUCCGAGACUCGGGGUGCAGGAGUCUUCGGUUCUCAGAUCGGGAUGCGUCUCACCUUGCAUACCCUCCGCCAAUUCUUCCUGAUUUAGUGGCUGCUUUGGAUCCUGCCAUCACAUAUAACUUGCACAUUUUCCAUGCCAACUCCCCAAUAUUCUUCUGUAAAUCUAUGGUUGCACUUACCCUCUCGUCUUUGCGGAAUUCUUCAUUAACCAACCUCAGCCUCACCCAUACAUCAUUGAGCGUCCUUCAGUGGACGGUGUUGAUGCGCAACAUUCACUUACCAAGGCUUCAUUUUUUGUCGAUCGACAUCGAGUGCCCUACCACCGCGCUCAUCGAGUUCUUGAUGCAGCAUGGGGUUCACCAAGUCUGGCUUUGCAGUAUGCGUCCGGAGAUGGUUUCUUUUGAUGACAUGGACCUUGAGCAAAAUACGAUCACUCCCCACAUUCCUAUACAUGGCUUACGCUCUCUUGCUGGACCACACUGGUACCUUUUGUCUCUCUUAGACAAGGUUCGUUUACCUCUACGCAUUCAAAACCUCGACUUGGAGCUGGAUGGCCACUUUCUGAUAUCCACUCCCAAUUACUUGUCGGCAAUCCUCGAUAUUACCCAACAAUUUACCUUCAUAGAUCACUUGCGACUCAGUUUUUAUGAUGAAUCAAUGAUUUCUCAAAGUUUCGAUAUCCUAUUGGGCGAAUGUAGAACCAUUCCAGUCAAGAAUCUCGCCAUCUUCCUACCACACUGGUACAAAUAUUCAGAUCGACACCCUUUGGUAAGCGCUAUAUAUGAAGCCCAUUGCACAUGA